AUGGCCUCAGCUCAGUCCGAUCAGUCCAGGGUCCUCCAAGAGGAGCUUACCUGCCCGGUGUGCCUGGACUUAUACCGGGACCCCUACCUGCUCCCUUGUGGCCACAAUUUCUGUAAAACCUGCCUGGACCGCCUGAAGCGACAAGCAGAGCGAGGUCGCCUCCGCUGCCCGGAGUGCCGAGACAGCCACCGGUGCAGCACCAGCUUUCAGAGAAACUUCAAAUUAGCCAAUAUUGCCGAUGAUUACCGUCACCGGCGUAGAGCUGUCACUUCAGCCGCCACAGCUUUGAAAUCUAGAGAACUGCUGUCCUUCACUGCAGCAGCAAUACGAGACAGGAGCACUUCCUCCGUUCCCUGUGACUACUGCCCCUCAGUGGGCGCCGAGGCAUCAGGAAGCAGCGCUGCAGCAGACGGCUCGACUGUUGCCUCGACAUCUCAGGAAGCUGGUGACAAGCAGGAAAGUGCUGCUGCUGCUGCUGCCGCCGCAACGUCCAUGUUUGCAGUCAAGACCUGCCUGAAGUGUGAAGUGUCCAUGUGCCAGGAGCACGUAAAGCCACAUCUGGAACUGCCGGCAUUCCGAGAGCAUCCACUGACCGAACCAAUGAGUGACUUCUGGAAGAGAAAGUGCCCCGAUCAUGACGAGAUAUACAGGUGAGAAGAGGGUGCACUCAGUCGAUGUUUGAGGUUGAAAUGAACACCCAUGUAGCUUCUAAAGGUUGGACUGGGCGAUAAUAUGAUCGUGAUAUGUUUCAGUUCGAUCGCGGUGAUCAGCUGUGAGCUUAUUUACUCGAUCAAACACAGAGUUGAGCUUGUCCUGCUCACUUCUGUAAGUUGCCAGAGAAGUAAACAGAAUGACCGAACGUGGAGCCAAAUGCUAAUCAAGGUUGGUUGCGUGACAGGUGCCAUGGUUCGGGUAUCUCCAAAGUGAUGUUGAGCAAUUAAGCCAAUGUGCAAGGUAUGUCGGCGGUCGAUGCCCUCAAAAACCGGCAACACAACAAAUCUGUUUGAUCAUUCGAAGAAGUACUUCCCGAAUGAUUAUGCGGAAAGCCCGAAAAUGCGAGCAGAGUCGGCACAGCCUGCCACUGCCGACGGCACAAGUGCUAAUGCUACUUGUGCUUUAGUUUUUAGCUACCAAACCAAAGCAGCAAUCAAGAAUCAUCUACGUUUACAUGUUGAACUAAUUUCUAGUUUUUAGUACAGAUGCUUUAAAACUGGCAGUUUGAAAAGAUAAAAACAAAUCGUGAUAAUCGAGAUCAAACAAUAUGACAAAAUGUACCGUGAUCAUUUUUUUAAUCGCCCAGUCCUACCCAAAGGUUCUCUGAUCUGAUCUCAGAUUAAACUGAAGACGAUUUUAAGCUUUAGCUUCCGUCUCCUGCUUCUCCAUCUCCAGGUAUUACUGCAUGGACGACAAGGUGUGUGUGUGCAACGCCUGCACUAUAGAAGGAGGUCACCUGGGGCACACCAUCAAAACCCUGAAGAACACCAUGAAAGACCUGAAGGUGCAGUUUUAAAGAUCGUCAGUGCGAUGGUUAAUCAGGUGCUAAAUGUUGUGAUCUGGGAUGUAUGUGGUUUUGACACAUCAGUCCAGAUCAGUUCGGAUGAGUUGAUCUGACAUAUUCAGGGUUUGAAUGAGACCUAAAGGGGUUGGAGGAGUCUCAUAGUGUUCAGCUCCGACUCUAGAACGCCUGUGAAUGAACUUUUGUUGUAGUUUUGUGUGUGAGUGUGAAUGACAGGGUCACGUGAUCCACUUCCUGUGCUUUCAUCCUCCUGAACAGUCUGACAGUGAGAGGCUUCCAGUUUGUUGCCAUGGUUACUUGACUUCCAAAACUGUGAAAUUUAGGGGUGGGAAGAGCGUGCUUACAAAGUGAAUCUGAAAAGCCAAGGGACGAGAGAGAGAGAGGCUGUAGAGAAAUGAAUACCUGAAAUCCCCGUGUUGUUCUGCAGGGUGUGCUGGACAAACAGCUGUGCAGAGUGGAGCGCAAGUACAGCAUGGCUGAGAGGAAGCUGCAGGAGCAGAAGGAGAAGGAGAGGCAGAAUAAGGUGAGGAUGCCCAUGUGAGAAGCAGAGAGACGGUCGGAUGUUUGUUGUUCUGACAGUUGAACCUUUUGAACCUUUUUUUUAUCCUUUAUACUGGCUGACUUCACUCAGCCUGUGCUGUAGAGGCCUCACAUCAAGCAUGAGCACAGAUGUACUGCCAUCUGCUGUUACUAAAGUGUUACUACAGGCUGCACUCAGCUGACAAACCUUGGUCUUGAUCUGUGAACAAAACAAUCUGUUAGUUUCGUGACAUUUUAAACUUUUACAGCUCAAAUUUGUUGAUUUGAUUGUUUUUUUUAGCACAUACACACCUUGUUUGCCCAACUUCAAAUCCAAAACCACAAACACCUGAAUCGAAAUUCAAAUUAUACCGAGAAAGCACUCGGUUAGGGCUGCGUGAUAUGGGAAAAAGUUUAUCACAAUAUGUUCUUUUCAGAUCAGUCCAUAUCGAUAUACAUCACGAUACGAAAAAUGAAAUUUAACAGUGUUUAUGGGUAGCAUUUCUUUUCCAAUACAAUAAGCUACUGCAUCUGUGAGGUCUUUGUGUCUCUUCGACGUUUUGUCGUACGGCGUUGCGCUAAAGAAAGCAGACUGAAUGGUCGGCUGUUUUCGGCUGCACAGGCGCCAUGAGCUCCUCGCUCCGCUCGACGUUUGUAGCCUUUUGCACUGCGCGUCUUCUGCCGCAUGGCGCUGCUCCAGGUGGUGAAAAAGAUUUGAGGUAUUCCCCGACUUCGCGAGAACAUGUACUCGACAUUUUUUCUAGUACACAUUACUCUGCCUUAUGUUGGACCUCAAAAAGCCAAAAUACUGCCACACCACCGACGUUUUCGUGCCAGUGUUGUCGACAAUGUCCUCAUCCGUUGAGCUUUCAUCUGCAUUUCUGUCAGAGGUAGCACUCAUUUUCUUUGUUUCUCACCAACAGUGCUGUCAGCUUCACGUGUUAAAGUGCUAUUGUUGCAUAUAGCUACAGCCUGCUACUGCGCAGUUGUUUGUUACUUGGUUCUACCUCAGCAUGUUUAGUUCAGCGCGGCGCGACCAGGAACAACUCCCCUUGAAUGCCAAAUAUCGCAAAGCAUAUUGACCACGUUUAUAUCGAUAUCGAGGGUCAUUAAUUUCCGUUAUAUAUCGUUAUCGUUUCAUCGUCCAGCCCUAUACUCGGUUUAAUUUUCUUAAAAAAAAAAGAUUUGUUUUUUUGUCUGAUCAUACCCUCUCGCCUUACGCAGAAGUUCAUGGACAACUCCGAGCAGGGUUUGAACAAGCUAGGAGACGAGCUGAAGGCCAAAGUGCACUGCUUCGUGGGCCGGCUGCGGGAAUGCACGCGCUCUCACUGCGACACCAACGGGCCGGCCAUUCAGAAGAACAUCUCCAGGAUCUGUCAGGACCAGGCUCGUCUUCAGGAGGUCCGCUGCGGCCUGGAGAGUCUCAUGCAAGAGAACGACCCAUUCCGCUUCAUCGAGGUAUAUCCUCUUAUAACCAGACUCUUGUUUGCCGUGUUUGUGACGUACAUGACCAGGACAGAAAUACAACUGAAACAUGUCUGUUUCUCUUCUUUUUUUUUCAGGCUUACAAAACAACAGGGAAACAGUAAGUACAGCUCUAACUUUGAACCACAGUUAAUUAUCUUGAAAAAAUAACACAACAUUGAAGGUUCAUCAAUCUCAGUGGCGAUGUAUUUUAAUUUAAAACAAUUGUUUUUAAUUCAUAAUUAUAUCACAACCAAAAAAAGUCUGCUUUUUUUUUUUACACAAUUUCCUACCCUGCCCGUUAAUCCCUAGGGAUACAAAAAAAAGAAAGAAAGAAGAAAAAAAAAAAAAAUUUAUAUAUAUAUAUAUAUAUAUAUAUAUAUAUGUAUAUAAAUAUGAAUAUAUAUAUAUAUAUAUAUAUAUAUAUAUAUGUUGUUUUGUUUUUUUUAUUUGUGUUUUUUUUUUAAAGUAAAGAGUACCAAAACAGACAAGUACAUUAAAGAGGAAUAAAAUAAGGAAAAUAAAAAAUUUAAUUCAAUUUCCGAAACUGAUCGUGAUGAUAAUUGGCAGUGUAUUUGACUCAUGUCCAUCAUACUGCGACUAAAGAUGGGUAUGGAAGAUCAGGUCCAUUAAAUACCUGAAGAAGCAUUUGUCAGACCCUUACAAAGUCCCUGCAGCAUCCAUAUUUUUCGCACUAUAAGGUGCACCAUCAAUGAACGCGUCUAUUUUCAUACAUCAGUCAGAUAAGUCAAACUUUAACUCAUUCAAUAACUCGGCGAGACUACGGUAGCUGCAGUGCUCCGACAAGCCAAAAGGAUUUUAAGUGCGCCUUAUGGUGCGAAAAAUACGGGAUUUAGGCUUGAAAUAACUCCAUCAAGUUUAGAGCAAGUUCUCAAUUCAGAGUUGAAUCCAGCAGGAUUGAAGCAAGUUGGCUAACUAAUUGAAGUGUUUUAGGUCGGCUCGGUAAAAUGAGGAUUAGAUGAAAGUCUUGAUGUGUCUAAAUGUCAUGUCCAGAAAAAAAGAAAAAAGUUUCGAUAAAUGCAAUAGUUUUAAGAGACACGGUGAUAGAAGAGACUUGAGAGCGGUUUGGAUAAGAACUCGAAUCAUUCAAGAUUCUCGCUAAUGAGGAAAACACGAAAUCUAGACUGAAAUGGAAACAGUCUGAACUCAGUGUGUGUGUGUGUGUGUUUCAGGUGCCGCAGGCAGCUGAGAAAAAACAUGUUCUACCCAGAAUACGUGGACAUGGAGACUGAUGUUCUUCGAUUGAUGAUGGAAGAAGAGAUGAGGAAAUUCCUGAGUGAGGAGCUCCCGUUUCACUUAGGGUUCGCCAUCAGCACCUUAUGUAAGGAGCUCCGAUUUAUUCAAACAUACGAAAGCGUCACGUUGUCGUUUCAGCUUUUUAACUUCGGCUGAUGGAGGUUGUAGAUUUGUUUAUAUUUUCUGUCUUCAUCAGGUCAUCUUUCAGAUCUGGAAGAGGAGGAGGAAGAGCAAGCGGAGAACGAGGAAGAAGCCGCGGAGGAGGAGGAUGACGACGACGACCUGGACGACAGCAGCGCGGAGGACAUGGGGAGCGAGGGGGAGGAGGAAGACGAGGAGGACGACGACGACGAUGAAGGGCAGGACCAGAGCGAGCUGGCCGACGACCUUUACAGCCCAGGGGAGGAGGAUGAGGAGGAAGGCGAGGAUGAAGACGACGAAGAGGACGAGGAGGACGAAGAGGAGGAGGAGCGGGGAGUUUAA